CCUUUUUAGCAGUAAGAUAAGAGUAAUUUGCCUCUUUUUUCUUUGAUUUUCAGAACUAAGUUUCUUCAUAUACGUUCAUUUUGCUCUCUAUUGCUAGUAGCUUAAGAGUCUUUGAUGACUAUCAGUAAUUACUAUAGUGUAUAUAGCUAGACAUCACUAUUUAAACAUAGCGUCAGCAGUACUACGUCUGUUAAGUGAGACGUUCAAACAUGAAGAAAGUUGAGCUUUCGACGGUCUCGCCGCAAAAGAUUGACAAAUUGGCUUGUCAUUUUUUUGACCAAAUAUAGAAGAAGUCAUGACAGACCGUAAGAGAGUAGGCGGUCCUCUGGUUUCAGUACCUCCAACAUUUGAAGUGCCUGAACAACCUGCUUUUACGAGAGAUCGCAAUGCGGAUACUUGCCGAAAAAUAUAUCUGAAGCUAGGAUGGGCCACCAAGGCCAUGGGAAGCGCUUAUUAUGAGUCUGGUAAAAUCAAAAUUGGAUGCGGUGUUUAUGGUCCUAGACCAAACAAAACUUUUUCUUUCCAAAAUAUAGCUAAGUUGAAUUGCGAAGUUAAAUUUAGUCCUUUUUCGAUGCUUGAGAGGAAGGGACACGUACAGAGUGCUGAAGAAAAGGACUAUGGUUUCUUACUUGAAACAGCUCUUUCUCCUAGUAUCCUAUUACACUUGUAUCCAAAAAGUUCUAUUGAUGUUUAUGUACAGAUUCUUGAGAGCGAUGGAACAAUGGCAACAUUGGCGGCUGCCAUUACUUGUGCUUCUGCCGCUAUCGCUGACGCCAAUAUAGAAUGCAUUGAUUUGGUUACAGGUGUGAGUCUAUUAUAUAAAAUCCAAGGACCAGAAUAUUGGGUGGAUCCAGACUAUAUGGACGAGUGUGGUAGACCACGUCCGUACGGUUCUUUAGUAGUCGGCCACAUGGCUGCUCUUGGGCACGUAACUCAGAUUUGGGAGAAGGGGAAAUGCACUCCUGAACGGCUUAAGGAAUUGCUGGAGAAAUGUACAGAGACGGCAAAAGGAGUUCGUUUGGUGCUCAACCAUACCCUUAGUCAAGAGAAAUCGGGAUCCUUGGUUAACGAAACACCGUAAGUUGUCUUUUCGUGUUAGUUAGAAAAAAAUUUAUAUG